GCAAAUCGAACUACUUUACCCCAGCUCCAUUCACCAACUCAUUCAAAGAAUCACCUAAUCCUUUCACCUUGCCUCUACCCGUGUAACUUCACACAGCAGACUCACUUACAACUUCACCAGACGGCACCACAUCGCCCACCAUGCAACUCUCCAUCUUCACCAUCCUCCCUCUCCUCCUCUCCUCCGCCGCCGCGGCAGCCCUAGACACCGCCGAAGUCCGGGAAGCCCGCUCUCUCGACCAGUCCUCCUCGCCUAACAAUGUCGGCGGCGGGCUGCUGUCCAAGAAAGUUGAGUGCGACUGCUGCAGAGCGCUAGGACCCGGCUACUGCUGGCACCAGAAGGCGAAUGGUGAUAAAUACUGUUCGGCUUGUAUUGUUGAUCAAUGCCAGAAGAGGUGUACGUGAAAGGUUUUGUGCAUGAUGCGGGUUCAUGAAGGAAUGGCGGGGCCGGGGAAGGGGGGCGUGUCGUGAGGAUGGCAUUGGAGACAUGGAAAUAUUAGACGAGUUGCCGUGUCGAUAUCUACUGGAUAUAACAACAGUCAAAAAGAGUUCACCCCCCC